UUCGAGGCACAUUCGAUAGCCGGGUCAAACACCACUGCCGCGUCCAUGAUGGCGGAUUUUUUUGUGUGUUGAGUUUCUGUUGCAAUAAAGUCCUUAUGGAGUAGUUUAAGUACUUUUUAAUGUAAACUUUCGGUUUUACCUGUUGUAAAUAACCCUGUCUCAUUGAUAUAUCGAUCACACUGUUGUGCGGUACUGGUUGAGGUUAUGCGUUUUAUUUACUGAGUUCCUCGCCCACAUCGUAAAAUCCUCAAGCUUUGUAGGAUUUAUGUCGAACUCUUCAUAUCAUUCCAUGGAAUCCAACUUCAGAAUGGCUCUACCCGGCAACUACAAGACAAUAGCAAUGACCAGCCCAGCCAUGGGCUCCAAUCAGAUGCAGUCUCCCGGUGCCCCUAUGACAUUCAACAUUUUAAAAGAACGUCUCAGAGCAUCAGGAGGAGGCAUGCUCGGCGGCUCGAUGCAGAAGGACAGUGGAAUGCAUCAGGACCCUUUUAUCCGGUCUCCUCAUGGUCACCCUAACUUCAACCCUCAGAAAGUUACUAAAGUGGGCGUAGCUGGUGGAGGUUGGACUGCAUUGGGAGACAGUCGGAUGCCAAAGGCGCCUAAGCCUCCAGAAAAACCCCUCAUGCCCUAUAUGAGGUAUAGCCGAAAGGUCUGGGAUUCUGUGAAAGCUGCCAAUCCUGACCAUAAACUAUGGGAAAUAGGAAAAAUUAUUGGUCAGAUGUGGCGUGACCUUCCAGAUGCAAAUAAGGCAGAAUACAUUGAGGAAUAUGAAGCAGAAAAGUUGGACUACGAGAAAUGCAUGAAAGCAUAUCACAAUUCACCAGCCUAUCUGGCUUACCUUACUGCUAAAUCUCGAGGGAAACCUGCGCCUGUCGAUGUUGACCGAGAUAGUGAUCGCUCAAGUAGCAUGAGCAGUAGCAAACAAGAUCGGCGCAUCGACAUUCAGCCUGCUGAAGAUGAAGAUGAUCAGGAUGAUGGGUAUUCUGUAAAGCAUGUUGCUUUUGCCCGGUACUUACGAAACCAUCGUCUCAUAAACGAAAUAUUCUCAGACUCAGUUGUGCCUGAUGUGAGAUCUGUAGUAACUACUACUCGCAUGCAGGUUCUCAAAAGACAAGUUGUCUCUCUUUCUAUGCAUCAGAAAAAGCUUGAGGCAGAAUUACAACAAAUUGAAGAGAAGUUUGAAUCAAAGAAGAGGAAGUUUAUUGAAAGUAGUGAGGUAUUUCAAGAAGAACUAAAAAAGCAUUGCCAAAGAGCUGUGGAUGAGGAAACUUUCAACCGCAUGAUAGAUAAGCAGCUUGAUCUACUCCGCAAGGAAAGAACAAAACCCGAGGAACCCCCUAAAGCCCCGAACGGACCAGCAGCAUCCAACGCUGAACCCAGCACAAAUGACAGAGUACCCGGAGAGAAUGGCGAAGACAGUAGGGAUGGACAGACUCAGAACACAGUUGAACCUGUUGUGCAGAGUUCUGAAGACAGCCAAUCUCAACAAGAGAUGCUCACUCUGCAUUCAAUUCAGCCUAUGGAGCAAGACCCUCCAGCUCCAUCAAAGACAGAACCUGUACAAGCUAGCGAACCUCCAACGCCCACGAGUGAGAGUGGUUCUGUCCCCAGUCCCGCCCCUGUCCUCGUUCCCGCCGUAUCCUCAGUGGGUGAUGCUGAGUCCACAGCCUCGACAGAGAUCAAAUCCGAACCCAGCCCGGGAACAGAGUCUGCGCCAAUCUUACAACCAGCGGUGGCAACCCCAGCACCGAGUGACGAGGCCCCACCUGUUGAAGAUGCUGUGGUGAAGGAGGAGAGGCCAGACGAGGUCGCCGUCAAGACGGAGGACGCUCCCUCCUCAGAGACUCCGGCUGCAUCUGGCACACCACCUGCGACACCGGCCCUGUCUCCAGACAGCGCUUCUGCCGAUGGAGUCGCACCGGCGCCAGCCACACCGGCAGAUGGUCCGACUGUCACCCAAGAGGAGGCGCCGUCCACCCCAGCUGCUGCAGCUGCGCCAGUAGCUCCCGCACCUGCACCGCCAGUCCAGGUGAACGGCGCCCCGCCGGCUGCGGCGCCCCCAACCACCCCCAGCACUGAACACACCUCUCCACCACCCGCGGCCGCUCCGGCCUCCGCACCGACACCGACUCCGGCCGCAGCUGCGCCCCUGGCCGCUCCCCCAGCUGCUCCCCCAGCUGUGCAGCCUGCAGCUGCCGCCGUACCACCCAUGAUGCCCCCCAUGGCUCCUUACCCGCAUCACCCGCAUCACCCUGCCUAUCCCCCAGGCCACGGCAUGCUACCACCCCAGGUUCCUCCGGCGGGGUACCCUCCUCAGCCGUACGGCCCCUACCCCGGGGCUCCGCCAGCCAGACCUCCCGUUCAUGCAUACCCGCCGACGGCCGGCUACCCACCGCAGCAAGGCUAUCAUCAGUACCCGCCUCAGUAUCCGCCUCAUCCAUACUAUCACCAAAGUUACCCGCCCGGCCCGCCUGGCCCCCAGUAUCCUCCGCACGGCCCGCCUGCCCCACCGGGCCCGCCAGGCCCACCUGGCAGACCUCACUACCCUCACGCCCCCCACAUGGAUGGAGCGCACCCGGGAAUGGAAGCUGGUAUGAUGCCUCCAUCUCCAUACGCUCACCCAGGUCCUGGACCUGUGCAAGGACCUGGGUCAGAGGCUGCCAUUCCAACGCAAGACUCACCGGCCGUCGGCUCUGUCGUGCCACCGACAGCCCCGUCAGUGCCCGAGGAGGCUAAAUCAGCAUCCCCAGAAGAGAGGCCAAGUGAAGUACCCCAUGCUGCUGCGGCUCCACCAGCAGAAGGCGCCGCCAAUCCUGAGUCUGCGCCCGAGGGUGCUGCGAAGGCCGAGUAAUGGUGUAUGAGCGUCUGGAGUUUUGUGUAAAAGUUGUACAACUAGAGAGAGACCCUUGAGUCUUCAUAUUGAAGUCUCAAUUGUUAAGGCAUUGUUUAAAUGAGUUAUACUUAGCAUUCAUGAAUUGGAGGUAGUGAUUUAUUUCUUAGUUUUAAUUAUGGUAUAGACCUGCAACUUCCAUUCUUGCUCUAUGUAUAAUUAUGUAAUAUAAGUUAGCAUUUUGUCUGUAACCAAAUUUCUCAACUUUUACUUUUUUUUUAAAGUUCCUUGCUAUCAAAGAAUCAAUUACAAUGAAUUACAUACAAAUUAUUUUUUUCUAAAUAAUGAUUGAUUAGUUUUUAAAACUCGACUUUUUUUUUUGCCUGUAAGUUACUGUCAUCAGUAUUUAUGAAGUCAACUCUUUAUCUGUUGUAUUGAAUCUAAAUGAAUCUAAUCAUGUUUUGUACCUCUGAAUUAGUGGAAGCAAUAUACUGUGUCAGAAGCAACAUAAA